UUCUUUUUUUCUUUUUUCCUUCAAUAUCCCACGUGUGUGUGUGGGCGGUGGGGUGAGAAGAUCGUGGGGGUCUGAAUCAACAUUGGUGUGCGCAUACUUAAGAGAAUAUUUUCCAAGAUUCAAUAGCCAUACUCUCUCUCUCUCUCUCUCUCUGUGUCUCUCUCAUACUGUGCUCUGCCCACCAUCUGCUCGAUCAAACGCCUCUUCCUGCUGCUUCUUUCUCUGGAUUUCUAGAGUUUGGCAGGUUUUGGUUUAAUCUAAAGCAUUUGUCAUAAAGUUCUUUAGAAAAAGCGGGUAAUUGGUGUAUCGCACAGUUAUGAUUUGUUUCUCUUUUCCAUUCGGUAAGAGGGUGGGCUCACCACCAAAAUGGUCUCCUGAAUUUGAUGAAGAGCUUUCAGGUGUCCACAAUGUUAAUAUCUACACGUAUAAAGAGCUAAGAAUUGCCACCGAUGAUUUUAGGCCCUCCAAUAAAAUUGGGGAGGGCGGUUUUGGUUCUGUCUAUAAGGGAAGGCUUAAAAAUGGGAAGAUUGCUGCUAUAAAGGUUCUUUCAGCCGAAUCAAAACAAGGAGCAAGAGAGUUCUUGACAGAGAUUAAAGUGAUUUCUGAUAUAAAGCACAAAAACUUAGUUGAACUCUAUGGCUGUUGUGUGGAAGGAGAACAUCGAAUUCUGGUUUACAACUACCUUGAGAAUAACUGCCUCGCGCAAACACUACUUGGGGGAGGUCACAGUAGCAUCCAGUUUAGUUGGAGAAUACGAACUAAAAUUUGCAUUGGGAUUGCACAAGGACUUGCUUUUCUUCAUGAGGAAGUACGACCACAUAUCAUCCAUCGAGAUAUCAAAGAUAGCAAUAUUCUCCUCGACAAAGACUUGAAUCCCAAAAUUUCAGAUUUUGGUCUUGCGAAACUUAUCCCUGCCAACUUGACUCAUGUCAGUACCCGCGUGGCAGGAACAAUGGGUUAUUUGGCACCAGAGUACGCAACAAGAGGACAGUUGACGCGUAAAGCAGAUGUAUACAGUUUUGGCGUUCUCCUCGUCGAGAUAGUUAGCGGGAGAUGCAACAGAAAUACACGAUUACCCAUUGGAGAACAGUAUCUUCUUGAAAGGACCUGGGAGCUUCAUGAGAGAAGGGAACUGGUGGGGUUGGUUGACACGUCACUAAAUGGGUAUUUUGAUGCUGAAGAAGCUUGCAGAUACUUAAAGAUUGGUCUUCUAUGCACCCAAGACGCUCCAAAGCUCCGGCCCUCCAUGUCAACCGUAGUCAACAUGUUGAUUGGCAAGGUUGACAUUAAUGAGAAUGAGAUGACAAAGCCAGCCCUAAUCUCCGAUUUUAUGGACCUCAAAAUUAAAAGCAACCUGAAAACUAAGGUUGAUACAAACAACACAUCUGACAAUUGUGCCUUGUAUAGCUCGGACAAUGUGGAGAAUUCAACCUUGUCAUUUGGAACCUCGUCUUGUGCAAGUAUAUGAUGAUCGGAGCAUUAAAAAAAAAAUUACAUCACUUGUGAAAGAGAAAGACAGAGACUGCAUGUACCUGGGGACUAGUUAGAUAGGAUACCCUCAUUACUAUAUAUAUAGAGAGAAGGGGGGGGGGGGAAGAUUGAUUUAGUUUUGUUCAUCUCAUUUUUUGGUUUUGUGAGGCUUGUUCGGUUGUGAAACUUGUAUGAUUUUUUUUUCUCAGCAUGUAAAUCAUAGUCACGAAAACUCCCUAAACUGCAUAAUUAUGUGUUGUUUAAAGAUAAUACUCUUAGAAAUGUACAGAUUUGGAUGAAUGAGAGAGGAGAUAAAUAAAAUCUCUCAUGGGUUUGAAAGUAUUUGCCAUUUUCAUUCAGUUUCUUCUAAUUUGUGAUGAUUAGCUCAAUUACACUCAUUUUGUGCUUGACAUCUCGUUUCUGCUUGUCAUCUCGUGCUUUCUUGACAAGUGUCAAGUCCUAGAGACUAGUUAUAGGUAAUGCAACACCGUGUACCUUCUCAACACAUAGUCCCGGAGACUAGUUGCUGGCAAUGCAACACCUCAUGCCUUUGCUUGCCAUCUCGUGCUUGAUACCUAGUACGACUCGCUAUCUCGUGCUUGCGUGUCAAGUCCUAGAGACUUAAUUGCAAGUAAUGCAACACCUCGUGCCUUCUUGACACAUGUCAAGUCCUAGAGACUAGUUGCAGGUAAUGCGACACCUAGUGCAUUGCGGGAUGACAAGUGUCAUCCAUACAAGAGAUUAGGUAAUAAUAAAGCGGAAACUCCAUUGCCAUGAAAAAUGGCCAAGUCCAUGAAUACGUUUCUAUCUGCUUAAGUUCACCAAUUUCCACCAAUGCAUAUUAAUUAUGCAUUACAAUAUCAGAUAUCAUAAACAAAAUAACUUGUAAUAUAGUUAACAAAAAACAGACCCAAAAUAAAAUAAAAAAUCUAAGAGCCGCACGAAGAUAAGUUUGGUCAUUAAUUAAUUCAAUAAAUAGUAAAAUACAUAAAACUUUUAUUCCAGGAACAAUAUCUUCUCCAUCUAACAAAUCAUAGGAAUUCUUCAAACAUUAAACAAGCACCAUAGACAAAGCCACACACACUAACAUAAAAAUAAA